UAUCUAAAGCCCCUCUCUCUGCAAGAAAUAUACAUACAAUCUCUCCCAAGUCCCAACUAGCUAUAUCUCUCUCCCAGCUUUGUCUUUAUCAUCUCUCUCCAGAGGGAGACAGAGAGAUUUAAGUACUUCAAGAAUAAAGGGUGUACCCAAUAAUACAUAAAUACUGCAUACAUACAUAUAAAAAGUUAGCCAAGACUUCAUCUUUGCAGGGAAUUUUUAGUUUCUGGGUGCUGAAUUUGAAGCUUUGGGCUGCCCUGGCAUCAAAGAUCGGUGCUUUUCUGGCAAACUGGAAUGACCAGUAAGGGGAGCAACAUGAAACUAACACCAAACGUUGCCUUUUCUUUUCUGAAUCAAGUGAAGAAGAGAUUCAAAGACGAAGAAGGGAAAUAUGAAGACUUCGUUAAAAUCAUGAAAAGCUUUAUGAUUGAAAGAAUUAAUAUUGCCGAUGUCAUAGCAAGAGUAAAGGAAUUGUUUCAAGGGGACAGAGAACUGAUUCUGGGAUUCAAUGCCUUUUUACCAAAGGAUUAUGUAAUCACCCUUCCCAGUGAGCUGCCCAGUGAGGAUGAACCAGACCCUCCAAGAAAACGAGUUAGAUUCGUCGAUGCAAUUGACUUUGUAGAAAAAAUUAAGGAGAGGUUUGAAGGUAAAGAGAAUGUGUACAAGACUUUUCUCUACAUAUUGGACAUGUACGGGAAGCAAACCAAAACCCUCGCAGAAGUCAACCAGGAGGUGGUUGAUCUUUUUGGUGACCAAGUAGACCUCAUAGAAGAGUUUGGCCGCUUCUUACCUGGUCCCUCGGGACAGCCCUUGAAUAAUUCUCCUCACUCCAAAAGGAGUCCUAUCCCUUAUCAUAAUUAUCAGAGCUCAUCUGCGUCCGCGAUGAGGAUUGGACGUGCAGAGAAGGCCGCAGCUUCAUUCGAUGUUCGGCACUUUAAUGUUGAUGAACCUGACCCAAAACAUGAUAGAUUUGCGACGGGAAUUAAUAAAGACUUCCAUAAGAAAAGUAGCAAGGAAAUGGAGAGAAGGGACAGUAGCAAGUGUAGGAAAAGAAGAGUGGAUGAUAGGGAUUAUGAUAAUGGUGCUCCGCAUCAUGCAUCACCCAUUUGUAAAACUGCUGCGAAUGGUGAACAGUCUGAACGAUUUUACAAAGGAGGUUCCUGGAGCAACGAACAUGUACCUAUAUCUGUUAAAGUAUAUAGUAGAGAUAGAGAUCAAAAAGGUGAAAAGCAUUACAAGGAUAAAAAUCAUGAAGACAGAGAAAUAGAGAGAUCGCAUAGAAUAGCUUCGAGAGGUAAAGAUGAAUCAGUAUGCAACAUAUCACAGCUUCCAAACAAGGAUGAAUUAUUGGUUAAACCAAUCAAUGAACUUGACCUGUCUACUUGUGAGCGCUGCACACCCAGUUACCGGCUUCUGCCUAAAAAUUAUCCAAUUCCAUCAGUGAGCUGGAGAACAGAUGCUGAUGCUAAAGUAUUGAAUGAUUAUUGGGUAUCAGUUACUUCAGGAAGUGAGGACUACUCUUUUAAGCAUAUGCGCAAGAACCAAUACGAAGAAAGCUUAUUUCGCUGUGAAGAUGAUAAGUUUGAAUUGGAUAUGCUGCUAGAAUCUGUAAAAGCGACAACAAGAAGUUUAGAAAACUUGUUAGAGAAGAUCAAUGAUAAUACAAUUAAUGAAAGUUCAAUUCAUAUUGAAGACCAUUUAACAGCUUUAAAUUUAAGGUGCAUUGAACGUGUAUAUGGUGACCAUGGGCUUGACGUGAUGGACAUUUUAAGAAACAAUCCACCACUUGCACUUGACGUUAUAUUACAUCGCUUAAAGCAGAAAGAGGAAGAGUGGACAAGAUGUCGUUCUGAUUAUAGUAAAGUUUGGGCUGAAAUAUAUGCAAAGAACCACCAUAGAUCACUUGAUCACCGAAGCUUCUAUUUCAAGCAGGAGGAGUCGAAGAGGUUGAGUAGUAAAGCAUUGUUGGCCGAAAUUAAGGAAAUGAGUAAAAACCAGCAAGAAGAAGAUGAUGUAUUGGCAUCUAUUGCUACUGGAUCUAGACAACCAGUUAUACCGAAUUUGAAAUUUCAACUCCCCAAUUCUGACAUUCAUUUCUAUGUGUAUUGGCUCAUUAGUAAAUCCUGUCAAUAUAUGUAUCCAGCUGAACGAUCUGAUCAAGUUUUGAAGGUCUAUACAACUUUGCUAGCACCAAUGCUUGGUGUUUCAUCUCAGUUGCAACAUGCCGAGAACACUGAAGGGGACUUUGUUAAGGCUGUUGUUGUUGCUAACGGUGUUGCUCCUUGUACCGGAGAAACUGAUGGCAGUCCUAUUGGUGUUACUGGUAACAAUGGCGGAGUUGGUAAAGAUAAGUUCCAUGAUCCAGAUCAUAUUUCUGUCAACGGAGACUCAAAAUAUGAGAAACCUCACCUUGAGAAAGUAAAAAAUAAUAUCACUCCCAUGGAUGAAAUGCCUAGAAUUAGAAAAACUGAACAACCAGAUUGCUCUAGUAUUUCAACUGCCGAAGUGGAGGGCAAUUAUGAAAGAAUCCAUGAAGAAAAUACACCAGGGAUCUUAACUACCUUGGAAUCUAAAAAAGCUGCUGCUAGUGGGCGGCUUUUAGAAAAUUUGCCUUCGUCAGCUGAGGGUGAUUCCAAACCAAUUUCUGAUUUGAUUGGAGCAAUGACAGAGAGCAUCAAUGGUGAGCAAUGUAAAGAAGAAUCUCGAGUUCAAUCUACAACUGUGAAAGUGGAGAAUGAACUAUCUCCAAGCGGAGAAUAUGAAGACCACAAUUUGCAAGGACAUGGAGAGGCUAAUCACAUACCUGAAGACAGUGCUACAAGCAUGCAAUACCAAACCAGAGAUAGUGAAGAAGAUGAAGUUGAAAAUGAUGCUACGAUGGAUGAUGACAAAGGUGACAUUCGAUUGAAUUCAGUGAAGCCUCUUAAAGUGCAUGUACCUUCACUGUUACUUGACAAGCAAAAGGAAAAUACCCAGAUCUUUUAUGGGAAUGAUUCUUUCUAUAUUCUUUUUCGGCUCUAUGAAACACUAUAUGAUAGAAUAAAGGCUGUGAAGUCCUCGGCUGAAAAAAAUUGUAAGACUUCUAAUGAUGCAACCCCAAGCGACCCAUGUGUCAGUUUAAUGGACGAGUUCUUUAAGUUAUUGGAUGGAUCCUCUGAUAAUACAGAAUUUGAGGAUCACUGUCGAACUUUGAUGGGUGCUGAAUCGUAUGUUCUAUUCACAUUAGACAAGCUGGUUAAAAAACUUGUCAACCAGCUAGAAACAAUUGCAAUGAAUGAUCUGGAUGAUAAACUUAUCCAACUUUAUGCUUACGAAAAAUUAAGACGUGGGAUCUCCAGUGAUAAACUUUAUCAUGAUAAUGCCCGUGCCCUCCUUCGAGACGAGUACAUGUACCGUAUUGAAUGUUCAUCUAAACCACUACAAUUGUCUGUGCAACUUAUGGACUAUGGUUAUGACAAGCUUGAACCAGGUGCUGUUUUCAUGGACUCCAUUCUUCAAUCUUAUAUGGAGGACAAUCCUGAAGAAAAGAGCGGAUCAGGGGUUAUCUUGAGGAGAAACAAGCGCAAAUUUGCAUCUGGCAAUGGACUUUCUCAUACAGACCAGGCCAUAGAAGGACUUCAAAUUUAUAAUGGUUUGGAAUGCAGGAUUAACAUCUCUUCUGCCAAGGUUAGUUAUGUUUUAGGCACCGAAGAUUAUUUGUGCCGGAAAAGGAAGAAAGUUUCGCAUUGCAACGGCCACACAAAUCGUUCUCAUGUUUCUUUUACAAGGGCACAAGGACUUGACAGACUGCUGAAGCCCUGUACAGAAGAGUGACAACUUUUUCGAAGCUAGUGAAUCUCGAUAUGCCAGACACAAAUAAACUUUAUACAGCAAUCUUUUGAAUUUUAAAACCUUUUUCUCGGGUGUUUACAACUUGUACAUUACUAUGAUUGUUGUAUUUUCGUGUUGUGUUUUCGUGUUUGAUCUGCUCAAGUACUCAAAUCUUGAAAAGCAGAUAUUACAAUAAAACUAAUAAAACUGUUUGAAGUGCACAACAGCACAAGUGUUGUUUUA